AGAGAAAAAUGGCGACUAUAAAAAGGUAGAAAACUAUAGAGUAUAUCGAAACACACCUGGCUACUUACCUGAGUACACUUUACUCUUUAGUAACUCCACCAUAGCCAACGGUAUAAAAAAAACUAUAUCUGUUUUUUACUUUGUGUUGAAUGUUGAAUGUUGAUGACUAAGCUGGCUCCAAUCUACUAUAUAUUCUAUAUAAGCUAUGUUGUGUUAGCAUCAGUCAAUUUGAGUUAAACUUGGGCGUGUUGGGCGUUAUUUAUUAUUUUAUAACGCAUCAAUGACGCAAUUAUUUAAUUAAUAUCUUUAAUUUUUAUAACGAUAAACAAUCAAAAAAUGAAGAAAAUUAAUUUUUUUAGUAUUUUAUCUUUAGCUGUAUUAUUAAUUAACGUUCGUGAAUCAGUACAACAAGAUGAAACACGUUGUACAAUACCAGAAGUUGUUAGAGGUACAUGGUUUUCUUGGGAAAAUGGAAGAAAUACAUUGAAUGAAAUAAAUGCAGAAACCAUGACAGAUAGAGGUUCAUGUAUUGCUAUGAAAGAACCAAUUCGUUUACAUUAUUUUUUUAUAUUUCAAAAAGAUUCAUGUUAUCAUUGUGUUAGAUUAAUUGUUCGUACAAUAAAUGUAUUAGAAAAAGUUGAAUUAACAUGUGUUAAUUUACCACCAAAUGUUGAGCCAACAGUUGAACAUGUUUGUCGUGGUAUGCAUGAUGAUCAACAAAAAAUUCAUCUUUAUUCAGAAAAUUAUAAACCAGUUAAUUGUCGUUCAUCAUUAGAAGGAGUUUGGCAAUUUGCAUAUCAAAAUCGUUUUAGAUUUACUGGUGAAUGUGAUAAUCCAGAUGCACAAAUACGUUCAUGUCAAGAUGCUGGUACACAAUUUUUAAUAUCAAAUCAAAAAUUUAAUAUAACAUAUAAAAAAUGUGAUAAUAUGCAAGGUACAUUUAAUGGUGUUGUUGAAUAUAAUUGUCUUGGUGAUUGGUUUGAAGAUAAAAAUCAUUUUUUUGUUGUUGCUAAUACAAAAGAAUCAAGAAAAGAUGAAAAAUAUCGUUGUUUUUUAAAAAAUCGUGAUGAUGAUUUAUAUAUUGGUGUAUCAAUAACAGCUGAAUGUAAUACAUUAAAAAGUGUUGAAAAAAGUCCAGAACGUUUACGAAUAACACCAGUUAAAUCAGAAGUUGUUAUACCAAAAUGUAGAUUACCACAAAAUAUGACUGGUGAAUGGAUUAAUACAGCAAAUAUUGAUGCUGAUGUUAUGAUUAAUGAAACACAUAUUGUUGAAACUUGGCAUCCAGAUGAGGGAAGAUAUAGAAGAACAAUUUAUAUAUGUCAAGAACAACGUGAUAAUAGAGUUAUGAUGGCUAGAUUAACUGUUGAUGGUUGUCAAAAAGAUUAUGUUUGUUUUAAUUUUGUACCACAACAUCAUAAUGUCAUACGUUUUAGAAAAGGUCUUGCUGUUAUUAAUAAUAAUUUUCAUACUGUUUGUUCUUGGGUACAAUUUAAAAAUGAAAGAAAAUGGAAAUAUGAUAUUUUCUUAGCUAAAAAUCCAGUACCUGUACGUUGUCCAGUUGCUGGAAAAUAUAUGUUUAAUCAAAAAGGUGAUAUACCAUUUGAAACAAGAAUUCUUGGUGGUGUUACAUUAUCACCAAGACCAAAUACAUACUGUCAACGAAAUAUAUCGGAUUUUUCAGUUUGUGAUACUGAUCAAAAAGAAAUUGCAAUUGAUGAAAAUUAUUGUUUAUCUGUUGAUCAUCAUGGUCAUCCAGUUGAUAUUUACAGUGAACCUGAUUACAAAAUGAAAUGCAUUGGAUUUUGGAAAGAAAAUUUAAAAUCUUAUUUAAUAACGUAUGACGAAUUGGAUCCAUACAGUAAAUAUCGUUGUUGGGUUUAUCAACGAGCUGAUUUAAAUCGUGUUUUAAUGUCACAAGCACUUGGUCCAUACUGUGCAACAAAUCAAGAUGUCAAUAGUUACAAUUGGACUGAAGGAGCUGCUGUUUCCAUCGAGAUGAUUGAAUACGAACGAGAACGAGAUCAAUGCCCAAUGGGCUUUGAUGAUGGUGCUAAUCCUUGGGCAGCAACCGAGAGCCACAUCAAAGUAUUUCGAUUUGGAAGUAAUGCUGUAUCAUUGAAUAUUUCAAUUGGAUUAUUAUUUUUAACUAUUUUAACUCUUUCAAAGUCACUAUUUUAAAUAUUUAAAAUUUGAUU